AUGCAGAACAACCACAAGGAGCACCUCUAUAAGAUCCUGGUAGUAGGGGACCUGGGGGUGGGGAAGACUAGCAUCAUCAAGCGCUAUGUCCACCAGAACUUCAGCCCCAACUACCGGGCCACGAUAGGAGUGGACUUCGCCCUGAAGGUCAUUAACUGGGACCAAGAGACGGUUCGGCUACAGUUAUGGGACAUAGCAGGUAGGAGAAGCAUUACGCGUGACUCUGAUGAAAUGGGGACACAGGCAGGCCCGUUUUGGUAUUAUGCUAUUUGGCCACACUUGGAUAAAUUACGUUUAAGGGUUUUGAUGGAUUGUCAAAGUGCGAGUCAAUGAAGUUCCAGCGGAGGGAACUGUAGUGGUCUCUGGUCGGUGGUUCCAUUCACUACAUAUAUUAGGUUGUUCUGGGGCAGUGGUCAUUGGAGAAAGUGUAUCAAAAGGAUUGGACUUAAUUGUAUACUGACGGCAACAUAUAAUACAAAAUAAGUGUUAUGAGGAGUUAUCAGAUGUUUCGUAAUAGGACACAACGGUCCUGUUCGUGUGCAAACGUUGGGAACCGAUGGCAGUUAAGGCAUACACGCAUACGGUGUUCCUCGAAUCUCACGUGAGUGUCGGUUAUUGGAGAAAUUCCUCUGACGCACCUGCGGCCUUCUGCCCGCGCUCCCCCUCUCCAGUCCCAUACGCUCUGGCCGGUACAGCCCGUGCGCAGACUCAUGUGUCUCGCACUCAUGUGAGGGAGAUUUGGUGCUCAGAAUAGGCUUAUUGUGAAUGAGAGCCGACAGGCUUCUUCCGGGAUCGAGAAUGCCCUGUCCACCUUCUGCCCUGCAGCCUAUUGUAUUCAGAAUAGAUUCAUGCGUUGUGUCAUUGAGCUCAAUUUAGAGGGAUAUUAUAAACUAUGUUUUCUCAUGUCCUUAAUUUAAAUUAUUGUGUUCCUCAUGAGAUAUUACAAUGUCCCAGUUAAGUGUGGCCUCUGCUAAGAGGUCUCAACCUUUAUUGCACAGGGGUUUUGACUGUUUCCUGUCACUAGGUGAUCAGAAGCUUUCAAAGCUUUGGAGUGAAGCGGGUCUAGCAGCUUUCUGUGCAGCAACAAAACAGCUAAACUAGUACGGUUGAGUCGGGAGAACUAAUGUAUGUUGAAGUGCUCAACUUAAAAUAGGAGUUGUGUCAUGAUGUGGAUGGUUGCUCAGCUUUGCUGAUACUGUCAGCUGGUAGUCAGCUGGUGUUAACUCAGACUGGAGUUCCUGCCUCAUGCACUGGUAGAAUGUCACACCUAGGCCCGAUCCCAAAUGUACCUCUAUUCUAGACCUCUAAAGUUUUGAGGGCGCGUGCAAUUGGCAUGCUGACUGCAGGAAUGUCCACCAGAGCGGUUGCCAAAUAAUUGAAUGUUAAUUUCUCUACCAUAAACCGCCUCCGAAGUCGUUUUAGAGAAUUUUGGCAGUACAUCCAACAGGCCUCACAACCGCAGACCACAUGUUACUUCGCCAGCCCAUGACCUCUACAUCUGGCUUCUUCACCUGCGGGAUCGUCAGAGGGUGGCGGGAGGGGUGCGCAGGAGUAUUUCUAUCUGUAAUAAAGCUCUUUUGUGGGGGAAAAACUCAUUCUGAUUCGCUGGGCCUGGCUCCCCAGUGGGUGGGCCUAUGCCCCCUCCCAGGCCCACCCAUGGCCACGCCCCUGCCCAGUCGUGAAAUCCAUAGAUUAGGGCCUAAUGAAUUUAUUUCAAUUGACUGAUUUCCUUAUAUGAACUGUAACUCAGCAAAAUCUUUGAAAUUGUUGCAUGUUGCAUUUAUAUUCUUGUUCAGUAUAUAAAUCAUUUCAAAUUCCUUAUAUUAAGCAAACCAGACGUCACGAUUUUCUUGUUUUAUAAAUUUACGGAUAGCCAGGGGCACACUCCAACACACAUAAUUUACAAACAAAUAAUUUGUUCAGAGGCAGUAGGGAUGACCAGGGAUGUUCUCUUGAUAAGUGUGCGAAUUGGACCAUUUUCCUGUCCUGCUAAGCAUUCAAAAUGUAACAAGUACUUUUGUGUGUCAGGACGAAUGUAUAGAGUAAAAAGUACAUUAUUUUCUUUAGGAAUGUAGUGAAGUAAAAGUUGUCAAAACUAUAAAAAGAAAAGUAAAGUACAGAUACCCCCAAAAAUGACUUAAGUAAAAAUACUUUAAAGUAUUUUUACUUAAGUACUUUACACCACUGGGUCUAGGGGUCCAUUGGGAUUGAGCCCUAUCAAAGACAAUGGCUGUGUCCAGUAACGUCUGAACACACUGUUAAACAGCUUUGAUAAUGACCAUUGAAGUCAAUGAUAACGUCUGAACACUGUUCAAAUGCUUUGAUAAUGACCAUAGAAGUCAAUGAUAAUGUCUGAGAAACAUAUGUUUACAUUUCCAAAGCAAGUGAAAUGGAUAAACAAAGGUGAAAUUAACAGUAAACAUUACACUCAGACAAGUUCCAAAAUAAUAGAGACAUUUCAAAUGUCAUUAUGUCUAUAUACAGUGUUGUAAUGAUGUGCAAAUAGUUAAAGUACAAAAGGGGAAAUAAAUAUGGGUUGUAUUUACAAUGGUGUUUGUUCUUCACUGGUUGCCCUUUUCUUGUGGCUACAGGUCACAAAUCUUGCUGCUGUGAUUGCACACUGGUAUUUCACCCAAUAUAUAUGGGAGUUUAUUAAAAUUGGAUUUGUUUUCUAAUUUUUUGUGGGUCUGUAAUCUGAGGGAAAUAUGUGUCUCUAAUAUGGUCAUACAUUUGGCAGGAGGUUAGGAAGUGCAGCUCAGUUUCCACCUCAUUUUGUGGGCCGUGUGCACAUAGCCUGUCUUCUCUUGAGAGCCAGGUCUGCCUACGGCGGCCUUUCUCAAUAGCAAGGCUAUGCUCACUGAGUCUGUACAUAGUCAAAGCUUUCCUUAAUUUUGGGUCUGUCAUCGUGAUCAGGUAUUCUGCCACUGUGUACUCUCUGUUUAGGGCCAAAUAGCAUUCUAGUUUGCGCUGUUUUUUUGUUAAUUCUUUCCAAUGUGUCAAGUAAUUAUCUUUUAGUUUUCUCAUGAUUUGGUUGGGUCUAAUUGUGUUGCUGUCCUGGGGCUCUGUGGGGUCUGUUUGUGUUUGUGAACAGAGCCCCAGGACCAGCUUGCUUAAGGGGACUCUUCUCCAAGUUCAUCUCUCUGUAGGUGAUGGCUUUGUUAUGGAAGGUUUGGGAAUUGCUUCCUUUUAGGUGGUUGUAGAAUUUAACGUCUCUUUUCUGGAUUUUGAUCAUUAGCGGGUAUCGGCCUAAUUCUGCUCAACAUGCAUUUUUUGUUUUUUUUACAUUGUACACAGAGAAUUCUGCAUGCAGAGUCUCAAUUUGGUGUUUGUCCCAUUUUGUGAAUUUUUGGUUGGUGAGCGGACCCCAGACCUCACAACCAUAAAGGGCAAUGUGUUCUUUAACUGAUUCAAGUAUUUUUAUCCAGAUCCUAAUUGGUAUGUUGAAUGUGAUGUUCCUUUUGAUGGCAUAGAAGGCCCUUUCUUUACCUCCCCUCUCCCUCUGUCUUUAUAAUGAUACUGUAGUUGUCUGUGUGUGAAAGAAAUCCCUCAUCAGUCAUACUAAUUUAUCGUUAAUGGGAGUUGUGCUGUCUUUGGAAAGACCAUUACUAAAUUUGAUCUGUGUGUUGCUUGAGAUGUACCCUGUCCGUCCACCUUGUCGUAUUUUACCGGGAUUGGUUAAUGAAUGUGACCCUCCACGGCUGUGACCAGGACUGUGACCACGACUGUGACCAGGACUGUGACCACGACUGUGUAGUGGACUCUUUGCCCUGAGGCAAUAGGUUGUUUACAGCCUAAAGUAACCUUCAUCUCAGUGGUGUUACCAGGGCAUGUGAUAUGGUAUUAGGGUCAGGGGUGGUGUGACAACAAGACACAUGUUUUAUCACAAGGCUAAGGUAUAGCGUUUACUCCUACUACUGCUGUCAGUACUAACUAACAGUACUGUGUGUGUUUCAGGUCAGGAGCGGUUUGGGAACAUGACGCGGGUCUACUACCGUGAGGCCAUGGGGGCGUUCAUCGUGUUUGACGUGACGCGGCCUUCCUCCUUCGAGGCCGUCACCAAGUGGAAGGAGGACCUGGACUCUAAACUCACGCUGGCCAACGGGAAAAAUGUGGCCGCAGUGCUAUUGGCUAAUAAGUGUGACCAGGGGCGGGACGUGCUGACCAACAAUGGGAUCCAGAUGGAGAAGUUC